AUGAAUCUUCAGCUGACGCAUCUGCAUAGCAGCCGCCUCGCCGAGGCAGACAAAAUUGUUGCUUUCCUCAACAAGACAGGUGCUGUCUUUGUUGCUGUCUUUGUUGCUGUCUUUGCUGCUGGUCCUGCAUCCGUUGUGGGCUUGUCAAAAGUUGUAACCGCUUACUCACUCACGCACUGGCAAUGCCCUUUCUGGUUCGGCUGCUGGGUGUGGCAGCCUGUUCGCGCAGCUCUUUAUGUUGCUGCAGCUGCACCACCUUCUUGCAUGUUACGAGCAUCGGAAUUUCUAGAAAAGGCUGUUGCGAUUGCUGGCGUUGCUUUUAGUGCCGCUUUUUCUGCAGAGGGAAGGGACAAAGUCACAAAGGCGCUGCAGUACGGCUGCCGCUUCCUUGCUUGGGCCGUCAGUAACUCGAAGGCAGCCUCCAAAUUUACUGCCGUUUACCGUAAGCCUGUGUUGGCAAAGCUCGAAAGAAUCGUGGGGAGAGGGGGAAGGUUGUGGGGUUGUGGGGUUGAAUUCCUCUGGAGCCUAUGGCAUGGCGUGCAGGGAAGAUCUUUAGGGCAAAGGGCCUUUUUUUUUAGUGGAGAAAUGUAA